UCGCUGUCAAAACAAAAUCGUCUCUAUGGGCAUGUCCACUACACACCUUGUUUCCAUGAAUCGAUUAUGGUUUCCUAGCACAACCUUUCAAAUCAACACGGAAAGAACUGCUUUUCUAUGCAUUGUGUGAAGAUAAAUGACGUACGCAGCGAUGUAAAAACUGAUUUUCUUUCAUAGUUGAAAGGCCACAAUCAGCAGCCAAAAAGUUUGAUUUGGGUUUCUUUUGGCUAUCAUUUGGCCAAUUAAAAGCAAUUUGACAUUUUUAGGUAACAAAAAUCAACAGGAAAUCACAUUUAGCUUUGUUAUAAUUGUUCAUUUGUAAUUUUUAAAACUUCUGUUUGAAGUAAAUGCAUAUUUGCAUAUAACAAAGCAGAUGUUCUCUGACAUGUAUUGCAACAGACCUUUUACUUUUUUUCAAGGUAAAAAACACGUUUAAAAGUAUCUUGUGCCGAAGAAUUUCCAUUGAAAGUCCAAGUUCCAUACCAGAGAAACAUGGCCACUAAAGGACAAAUAUUAAAGUACAUUUUAGGAUUUAUACUGGCUGUCCUGCUGGAAGUAUGUGUUGCGGAAAACCUUCAAUUCCCAGACGAACAGACACAUCAUAUUGAGAAAAGAGAAGCAGUGUCACCAGGAUUUACUACACGAAUGGCUACAACUAAAGCAGCACCACCAACAACAACAACAAAGACAACAACAACAAUAACACCAACAACAUCAACAACAACAAUAACAACAACAACAACAACAACACCAACAUCAACAUCAACAACACAAACAACAACUAAAGCAACAACAACACAUACUACUGCUACACCACCAACAGUUCUUCAAAUGUCAAUGAGAAUAGAUCAAAUAUUUGACACCAGUCUUACCAAUGAAACUGGAACGAAGUACAAAUUUUAUGUCGAUAACAUUGAAUUCGCAAUUGACAGAAGUUACAAGGAUCUGUCUACUUACAUUAAAGGUUCAGUAAACGUAACUGGCUUCAGGUCUGGUAGCAUUAUAGCAGACUACACGAUCAAAACAGUCAACAACAACAGCAUCAGUGUUGAUUUAUCAUCAGCAAACACACAGGUUUCUAAGAUUCUCUCAAAAGUGGGAAUCCCUGUAGAUCCAGACGGUUUUUCGGAGAGAAACGAAACAAAAAUGACCACCAAAGAUAAAUAUUAUCCUCAGCAAAGUAUGGAACUAAGGUGUUCUUAUCCAAAAUCUGUUCUUGGAAGAAUUACAUGGUUAGUAAAGAAAAAAGAUCCUGAAGAAAACAGUGCAAAAUACACCAUUACAAAUAAUGGUAGCGGAAGCACUCUCUUAGUGAAAGAUGUUAGUGAAAAUGAUAUUGGUAUAUACUCGUGUAUCAUACAAAGAAGCACGAUACAAAUACCCUAUGUUCAGUGGCAAAAAAUUGUUAUUGAACAACGUCCCAAUAUCAUAGUGGAUAAAUCUGAAAUAAGGUUGCCAUGUACAGAUCAAGAUCAGACUGUCACAUUAAGAUGUUGUGCUCAACACUACUCAAUUGAGUGGGAUCGAAUUCCUUUUGGGGAUGAAUUGACAAAACCAGAGCCUGACUGUAUCACAUUACAGCAUAAAAUCUUGAGCACAAGUUGUGAAUCUAAUGAAAUUGCAAUAUGUCGUCUAAAGAACAUGAAAGAAUUAGAAAUGUUUGAGUAUUACGAGAAAAUAAUCCAUGUUCAGAGAGUCAGAGAUUUUGACUGUAAAAAUCAAUCGCUUGGAGUUGGAAAAUUAGGUGACUUUGUAACAGGUCCCUGUGUUAAAGGCCUGGAAGGCCACAUAACUUAUCAAUGUGAACAGGCAAAUUCUACAUUUGCUUGGAAACCUACACAGAGUGAAUGUGUAGUUGAAUCUAUCAAAUACCUUGAAAGGAAAGCUAAGUUCUUGUCUGAAGAAGAGAUUCCAGGUUUUAUGUCAACCCUCAGUAAAGCUGCAGAGCAGAAUAAGGUUGAGAUCAAACAAUCUGCUCCAACUGUCCGAACAAUAGCUGAGAUACUAUUCAAAAUUGCAGAAAUCUCACAAACUUUUAACAUUAAUGUCCCUGUGAUAAAGGAUUUUCUUAAAACAGUGAUUUUAAUUGUAGCAGAUGAAUCUAAAAACACUUGGGCAGAAUUAAAGAAUGGUCAGAAAACAGAAAACAGAGGCACUGAACUUUUACAAGAAAUUGCGAAAAUAAGUGAUCGUCUCUCAAAUGACAAUUUUAUGUUCAAUGAAGGGUCCAUUCAGUUGAAUAGAACAACAAUUAAAAGCUCAUUCAUCGGAACGUCUCUACUACCAAACUCAACUACUCAGAUGGUGAUACCAAAUGUUGUUAAAUCAGCCCUUACAAUAACCAUUAUUGUUUUCACAAAGCUUGACUAUGUUCUGCCUACUCGCACUACUACUAUUAAUGACAACAAAACAUCAGAAAACCGCAUUAAUGGAGACGUGGUUGUGAUUAAGGCAAAGGUUAAUAAUACCAUUAACAACAUUUUGCUUACUUUUGACAAGACAAAUACAUCAUUAGGAAAUCCCCAGUGUGUUUUUUGGAACAUUGAUCUCGACCGAUGGGAUUCAACUGGAUGUAAGGUCAAGAUCUCAGGAAAUGAAGCGGACAAGGUCACAUGUGAAUGCACUCACAGAACUUCUUUUUCAAUCCUGUUGUCACCAGUUGCAAAUGAAGACCCUUUUGAACAUGCAGACUUAGCCUAUAUAACAUACAUCGGAGUAGGUAUUUCUAUAGCCUGCUUGGUUUUUUGCCUUUUUCUUGAGAUGUGUGCAUGGAGAUUGAUGACAAGAAAUAGCACGUAUUACAUGCGACAUGUCUCCAUAGUCAACAUUGCUGUGUCUCUCCUAAUUGCUGAUAUCUGUUUCAUCAUUGGAGCUGCGAUUGCAGAUCAAGACAUAACACAAGAGCAGAUGAUCUCCGUGGCUCACUGCAGUCCAGUGGUUUUCUUCCUGCAUUUUUUUUAUUUGGCUCUUUUCUUCUGGAUGUUCUUUUCAGCACUUUUGCUUCUUCACCGCAUUGUCACGGCCCUUUCUCAAAUGUCAAGGACUAAAAUGAUGAUCAUUGCCUUCACAAUUGGUUAUGGUGCACCUUUGCUCAUAGCACUUAUAACUGUUGCAUCCACAGCUGGAGCUGAAAACUAUGUUUUAAAAAAAAAUGCAUGCUGGCUGAAUUGGACUGAAUCUAAGGCCCUGCUGGCAUUUGUGAUUCCAGCUCUGACUAUUUUUGCCUUUAUGUGUGUGGUCUUGUGCAAGAUUUUAAGGAGAAGGGUUGGUGCUACAUCCCAACCAGAUGAAAGGGAUGUUCUUGUUGCCACUGUCCGAUUUGUGGCCACUCUAACUCCUAUCUUUUGCCUAACAUGGGGAUUUGGGAUUGGAACAAUGGUGUCACCUGACUUUGUUAUUCAUGUGGUUUUUUCCGCACUUAAUUCACUGCAGGGAUUGUUUGUUUUGGUGUUUGGGACACUUUCUGACAGCAAGGUCCUAGAGUCACUGCCAGGAAAGCUUAUACUGUACAACUUUGGUUCCGGUCGUACCAGGCGAAAUAAUCCACUGGCAUUAACCACUAGUCGCUUACAAAGGAUGAAUGUGGCCAAUACAUCUGGAACCCGAAGUCUCUCAACAGCUUCAUCUUCUAGCAGUUCUAGGUAGCAGUUGUGGCCAAAAGGUUGGAGGGCUGCACUCGUAAACUGAAGGUCUUAGGCUUUAUUCUCAAUGCUGGCAGGAACAAAUAAGGUGACAAAGUAGGCUAUGAGUGAACAUAUUUUACCAUCACAUCGAUUCACCUUACUGCAGGAAUAUUCAUUGAUGCUAUGCAAGUGUGAUUUAUAUUGUCUUCAACCAUAGAAAAAAUAUUGCAAUAUUGGAAUUUAGGGUAGAAUUAUCCAAAACAUGUCAUUAAAAGCAAUUUGUAAACUAGACUUUUAAUGCCAACAUUCAAAUCAUAUUUGAGUUGAAAUUUGAAGCCUCCAAUCGUUAAGACCAUAGUGACAAGUUGUCACUGACAACCUUGUUCAAGUUUACGUGAGCUUUAGUGUCAUGGUGCUAUGGGACAAAGAAGGGAACAAAAUGUUGUCACGCAAUGUUUAACUUUAUAUUUGUUAUAAAUUUAACCUUCACUUGCACAUAUCCAAUGUAUUGCUAAAGUAAAAUACAUUUUUAACUUAAUCUAUGUAUAUUAACUGGGUUUUCUGAAUAUGUGACCUCAAUGCACAUAUACUGAACAUGCAUCGAGUACCGUUAACUUUAUGUGCAAGUUUGCUUUAAUCACAUCUUCUUUUUUUCAUAUUGUUUUCUUGAAAUUCAUUGUGACUGCACUAAUUUGUAAUUCUGUUGAUUAAAAGGACUAAACACA